GAGUCUGCGCCCAGUCCUGCGGCCGCGCGCGGGAACCCACCGGAGGCACGGUGAAGUGCCGCGUCUCUGGGGCCCGGGCGACCCGGGCGGGGCCUACCGGGAGAAAGAGGCGGAAAGAAGGGCGCUCUUCCCCGCACAUCCGGGGUCGAGCGGCAGGUGAACACAGCGUUUCAGCCAGGGCCGCCCCACGACCUUCAGGGGCCGGCCCACUGUAGAGCUGCGACCCGCGCUGGGGGCGCCGGGCUGGGGCCGGUCUCCGCCGGCGCUGACCUGGGAGGCCGCCCCAGCCGACCAGGGACGCUCGCGCUGAUCCGUCGCGCCGCCCGGCUGACUGAGGUCGUCCACGCCCCCGCUAACCGGGGUUAUCCCCACCGCUUUCACCUGACCCGGGGACGUCGCCCCGCUGACCGAGGUCGCCCGCGCCGACUGGAAACCCCCUCGCUGCCCGAGGCCCCGCCUGCUGAGGAGGGGACACCACCUCGCCUGCAGCUCCUGCUUCCUCAGGUGCAGGAAACCCUGGGCAGAGGCCUCCUUCAGCAUAGCCGGAGAUGGCAUCAGUGGAUUUCAAGACCUACGUGGAUCAGGCCUGCAGAGCUGCUGAGGAGUUUGUCAAUGUCUACUACACUACCAUGGAUAAGCGGCGGCGUCUCCUAUCCCGCCUGUACAUGGGCACAGCCACCUUGGUAUGGAACGGAAAUGCUGUUUCAGGACAAGAGUCCUUGAGUGAGUUCUUUGAAUUGUUGCCUUCCAGUGAGUUCCAAAUCAAUGUGGUAGACUGCCAGCCUGUUCAUGAUGAAGCUACUCCAAGCCAGACCACAGUCCUGGUUGUAAUCUGUGGAACAGUGAAAUUUGAAGGUAACAAACAACGGGACUUCAAUCAGAACUUCAUCUUAACUGCCCAAGCCUCUCCUAGCAACACAGUGUGGAAGAUAGCAAGUGACUGCUUCCGGUUUCAGGACUGGGCCAGCUAGAGGGUCAGGAAAGGCCUUUCCUUCAGUCCCAGCUCUGUAGGAAUACACAGAUCUCAAAAUGUGAGAACAUAAGUUCCUUUCUGUUGUUGCAAACCACCCUGCCCAGGCAGACCUCUGCUCAAGUUUGAAGAGCCUGUUUCUGAGCUUAUAUUUGUUUGUCAUAGUUGCCUUUUCAAAGUAGUAAACUUUUCUAUUUUUCUACUUACCUGGUAGAGAACCUGGUUCUGGAAAUCUGACAAAUAAAACUAUA